AUGUUUUCCUUAUGUAAAAGAAAUGAUUUAUCGAUUGAUAAAAAGAAUCAACGCUUAUUAGGAUCGAUGGAAAAUGCUUACAUGAAAUCCUCACAGAAAUAUCAAGGAACAACGCGAGUUUGUGAAGUUUUACAUCUGCAAGGGCCGUAUAUAUCUUUUGAAAGAUUAUCUAGAGCAGUUACUAAAUUACAGCAACGUCAUCCUAUUCUACGAAGUCGACUUCAAAGAAAUCCUCGAAAAACACAUUGUUAUUUCUUAGAAGAAGAUAAUACACUUCAACUUAAAAUUAUAGAAAUAUCAAGAAAACAAUCCGAUCAUCAAGUAUUUUGGAGACAAGAAUGGAGAAAACGAGAAAAAACAACAACAAUCAUUGGUGAAGGCUUAGCUGAAUUUUGGCUGUUGCAGGAUCCAGAAGAUCAACAUGAUGAUAAUAGUCCACGAGAAAUUGUAUUUAUUUGUGAACAUAGUGUUUCUGAUGCAUUAUCAUUGAGUAACGCAGCACAUGAACUUCUCAUCGCUUUAGCUGAUGAAAAUGACAACCUUUUCUCUAAAUCAUUAGAUUGGCCAAUAACUAUGGAAGCAGCAAUACAAGGAAGUCUCUCAAAAAUAACUAGAAUACUAUCAGUUAGUAAAUUAAUGUUUCAAAUGUUAUACACAUUCAUAGCAAAUCGAUCACCGUUAGCAAAAAUUCCAUUAGCUAACGUUGACUUUGUAUUAGCUGAAAUGGCUGAUCAUUGCCAUUCAGAAGCUUCGUAUGGAAUAUUAACGAAACAAGAAACACAAAAAUUGGUUAUGAAAUGUCAUCAAGAAGGUGUAUCAAUUACAUCUGCUGUUUCUAGUGCUGUUAUAUAUGCAUUUUCAUUAUUAGUAGAUCAUGAACAAGUCGAAAGAAGUAUACUUCGAUUAGGUGUUGUAGCUGAUUCACGGCGACGAUAUAUUCCACCAAAUCCGAAUCAUGAUCUAUCUACUCAUGUAUCAAGUCUUAUGUUUUUCGAAAUACCGUUGCGAAAUGUACCAACAACAUGCGCAGAAACAUGGCAACUUGCUAAAAGGUUCGGAGAACAUACAGCUAAAUGCAUUAAUGCUAAUCAAGUUCUUACUUUUGGUAUAAUGGGUGGGCAAAUGUUUUCAAAAAUUUUAGAUUAUCCUAAUCCUCCUCAACUCAAUACUUGUUCUAUAUCCAGUUGGGGUGUUUUACCAUUUCAUGAACAAUAUGGACGAUGGACAUUUGAAGGAAUGACUCCGAUUCUUAAUAUGAUUCAAGGAAACAUGCCAUUUAUUACAUUUCAAACUGUUAAUGGAAUAUUCACAAUUAUGUUUGGGGGACCUGAUCCUGUCAUUCCGUUAAAUAUUCUCGAGCAAUUACGCGAUUUCACCCUCAAAAAAUUACAUGAAAUGAUUGAAGAUUAA